AGCAUCUGUAUGUGACAGAGAGCAGAGGAGAGGACAUGCAUCUGUGAGGAACAGCAGAGAACAAGAUCACAACAAAGAGAGGAGUAGAUAGAGGAGAAGAGAGAGGGAGAGAGAGUGAGUAAGUGAGUGUCUGAGAGAAUAGGGUGAGAGAGUAAGAAGGGAGGAAGAGAGACGCGAGCGGCUGUUUGGAUACUCAAGUUGCCACGGAGACAACAUGGGCGCUGUGGUGGGCACCCUAACCAUGCAGACCAAGCAGAGGCGACCAUCCAGAGAUAAGAUUGAUGAUGAGCUGGAGAUGACUAUGGUCUGCCAUCGGCCAGAGGGACUCGAGCAAUUGGAGGCUCAGACCAACUUCACCAAGCGAGAGCUGCAGGUCCUCUACAGGGGCUUCAAAAACGAGUGUCCCAGUGGAGUCGUGAAUGAGGAGACGUUCAAACACAUCUAUGCACAGUUCUUUCCGCAUGGAGAUGCAAGCACAUAUGCCCAUUACCUAUUCAAUGCAUUUGAUUCAACAAAGAAUGGCUCCAUCAAGUUCGAGGAUUUUGUGAUGGGGCUAUCCCUCCUGCUGCGCGGCUCAACACGAGAGAAACUCGAAUGGACAUUUCAUUUAUAUGACAUCAAUAGGGAUGGUUACAUUAGCAGAGAGGAGAUGACUGAGAUUGUGAGAGCAAUUUAUGAUAUGAUGGGGAAGUAUACCUACCCUGCAUUGAAAGGUGAUGUUCCCAAACAACACGUGGAUGCUUUCUUUCAGAAAAUGGACAAAAACAAAGAUGGUGUGGUGACUUUAGAUGAGUUUGUCCUGGCAUGUCAAGAGGAUGAAACCAUGAUGAGGUCGAUGCAGCUCUUUGAGAAUGUAAUAUAGAGGCAGGUGGAGUGGACAAAGAUGGAAAGCAACUGGCCAUAGACCUGACAGGAGCAAAGAAGUGCCCACAGAGAAGACCUUUUGUGUGUGUGUGUGUGUGUGUGUGUGUGUGUUUGUGUGUGUGUGUGUGUGUGUGUGUGUGUGUGUGUGUGUGUGUGUGUGUGUGUGUGUGUGUGUGUGUGUGUGUGUGUGUGUGUGUGUAAGAGAGAAUAAGAGAGACAGAGAGAGAGCAUGGGGCUUGCUAUUUAGUGCCAAUACGUCAUAUAAAUGAUAAAUGAACUUACAUCUUGAGUGUCUCCCAGGGGAAAUUUAUAGUGUUCACAAUUCUUUUGAUUCUGUUUUUGAAGGAGACAUAGUCCUUGUAGAACCCAGUAUGUCCCCCCCCUGUGUCUUAUACUAAGUCAGAUUGGUCCAGAAUGGCCUGGAAUGGCCACUACUUGGUUGGACUCAACCCAAAUGACAAUUCAGUUUGUCCUCGGGCACUGUUUGGGUAAUUGUCCAGCUCAAUUUCCUUAUGUCUCUGUGGACACUGUCGCCUCCCCUUGGACAGAUACCAAAACUGUGACUCAGACGCUUCCCCUUCUGGUGGAAAACAGAACUGCAGUGGAAAAUAUUUUGGCCUUCAUCUCACUCUCGAAUUUGCAUGUUUUCAAAUGAAGAGGCAUCCUUUGAGUUGUCUGAUUGUGACUUUGGUUGAGCCUCUAAAUAAUAUGAAAUAUGUAUUUAUUAUUUUAUUUAUGUAAAUAAGAUAUUGUGUACAUUUUGCAGUUGGCCUCAUGCUGAUAGUUUACUGGUUGUCCAAAUUCUGUGUUCAUGGCAUGUAUUGAGUGUCAUGAUGUUAUUGUUGUCGUGUGUUCUUGUGUCUUGUUGUUUGCCUGUCUGCUAAUUUUUCUGUCUGACUGUCUGUCUAUCUGUUUCUCAACAUCUUCUGCCUUGUCUAAAUAUAUGUGACUCAUAUCGUUAGACAGAUAUGACAGAUUAGGCUCAUUGAAACAUUUGUUUUAAAAACAGAUUGCAAGCACAACACUGCAUGAUUUUGUGUUGAGGAUAUGCAUUGCUAUGGAAUAUUGGAAUAUGGUAUCAUGGAAAUUGUGUAGAAAAAAAUGCAGGAUAGGGGAAGAGUACUAAAGGUGUGUGUGUUUUGUUUGUGUGUGUGUGUGUGUGUGUGUGUGUGUGUGUGUGUGUGUGUGUGUGUGUGUGUGUGUGUGUGUGUGUGUGUGUGUGUGCGUGCGUGUGUGCGUGUAAGCGCGUGAGUUUGAAUAUGAUUAUAAUACACAAAAAAGUGAUCUUAACCACCUUAUUUCACCACACUCUCUAUACAGUAUAUGUAAACAUUGUAUCUUCUCCACUAUGUCCAUCUGUUGUACGGAGAAAUAGAGCAGAAAUAUAUUUUACAGACCUAAUCUCAUAACUGUCACUAAGGCAGUAUGUGACCGUCAAGACGUAUGACAUUCACAUUAUGUGGGUGGCAUAUACCUCUGUCAAUGAUUUAGUGUAUAUUUGUCGUUUGUGUACAUAAAAGCUUUUAUUCAGAUUUUACAAAUUCAGAAUAAAGAUUUUAUUUACAGACCUAACUGUUUACACAACACAGAGAGAUGUCCUUUUUGUGCUGGAUGAUAAUCAGCGGGCAGUACAAUCUGACUGACAUUGAAAAAUACACUAAAUAUGUGUCUGUACAGGUAGCAUGUGAUGGAGAGGCUUUCAGGCAAAGGCAGUGUAACAGCGUCUCUGGUCAUGUGCUGUGCAGAGCUACGAUUAUCAAAGAAUAAAUCUUACAA